CUGCAGAGGAGGUGCAUCACCGUAUAUCGAGCUCAGCAGUGCCCACAAUGACAUAUUGAGGGAGGCCAAAUGUUGGCUCACUUAUGCUUUCAUGAUGCCCUCUGAGAACUUCACCAUUGUCAAUGGUUUCAUACAGCACUUUGGUCAGAGGGAAUUUGACAAGCUGCUUUCCCUUCAAAUCAAGUGGAAUGUUUCCAUUGAGGAGUUCUUGAAAGAUGGUCGUGCUGGUGUGAUCAUCCAGGGGUCUUCUAGAGGUGUCAGAGCUUCUGUGUUAGAGUUGGAAGCCAUUUUCUGCAAAGUCCAAGAGGAUUUUGCAAAAAAAGAGGAGUGACAUGGGCCUGAACUCGUCCAACAAUUUCUCAAGGACGCCUGUAGAGAACAACAGCUCAGACGAUUUUUCCGGGCUUGAAAUUGUCAGGGUUGAGAAGGUGGAGAAUAGCACUCUGAAGCAUCUCUUUGAGCUAAAGAAGAGACAGUUGCAGUCUGCCUCUUCACAACGAAUGUACCAGCGCCUGCCAGCGCAAUACUGUGACCUGGUCAGCCGAGUGGGCUUCCAGAGGGAGUUUGCACCACCUGACGAGCAAAAUCAGGGAGAGGGGGAUCUACUUCAGUAGCAGCGUGCAUGGGACAGAGAAGCUGUGGAGGGGCUUGGCUGAUGAAGAGUACCUGUACUUUUUUGCAGCACAGGUGCUGACAGGGAAGUCUACUAUUGGCACACCAGGUCUUAUUGUGCCACCGGAGACCCCCUAACCUUGUAUGACAGCGUGGAAGGGGGCGUAGACACCUGUGUCAUUUUCAAUGGUCACCAAGCCCUACCUAAAUAUCUGAUCAUCUGCACAAAAAAAACUUCAACCCAUAAGUUCUAAUAACGAAGUCCUAUGAAAUAUAGAUCUUAAUUUUGUUCAGUGAUUGUCUACUCCAUAGUCUAUGCAGGAAAACUGGAUUUGAUACACCAAUAUAGGAAAUUCUGACAAUUGCAUCACAUGUAUAUUGUUUUUUGAUUUGCCAUGGUUUAGUUUAAUUAUCUGCCUCCGUAUUAGCACUACGGCUUCAGUUUACAGCCAACUAAAUUUUAUUGCAGUUUCAAUGGGUAUGUUAUGAAUUUAGCAGUGGGUUUGCAUGUAUACUGAACAAAAAUAUAAACGCAACAAUUUCAAAGA